AUGGAUAUUUUUUAUCUGGGACUACUUGCCAACAGUGUAGUAGUUUUUGCACUUCAUGUACUUCAAAUACAAAUUGUUAAUCUUGUUCAGACGGAUACUUCCUUAGUAAUAAUAAUUCUUGUACUUAAUGUGAUUAAACUUGUACAAAAUGUACAAGCUUAUCUUCAUGCUUAUCUUGUUAAGAUUAAUAUUUUUUAGACACAAAUAAUAAAUGCUCUAAAUGUUAGCUAAACUGUAUUAAAUGUUAAAAUUCAUAAUCUUGCUAAUAGUGCUAAUAAGGUUAUUUUUUAGACAAUUAAAACUGCUAAAAAUGUACUAAUAAUUGUUAGACGUGCUCAAGCUCAACUUAUUGCUUGA